AUGGACACAACACGCGGAAAACCUCCACGCUACUCGUCGUCUCGCCCAAACCAUACUCCCCACCGCACCGACGACGACAACCCAGCAGCCCCGUCCACCGAGCCCGAACCACGACCCGCCGACGUCGUCGACGACUCGACCCUCGCCGACGACAUCGACGAUGACCCGGCGCUCGAAGACACCGUCAGCAGCGGCGCACAGACGCCAGCUACCAAGAUCGCCGCCGACAAUGCCGAGCUCGAGCGCUUUCGCCGCGAGUGGCAGCGCGAGGUCCAGUCCAGGGGUCAGCCAUCGUCUUCGACAGCCACAGCCACACCCGCACCCACUGCCUCCAGCCAGCAUCCAGGCACCGCUGCAAGCCAAGACGGCCAUCGAAAAGCUGACCGGGCCGAAGCUGGCGCCUCUUCUCUUGACGGUGCGGAAGGGGCAGAUCCCGAGUCAGACCAAGGGGCUCAGGCCGACGACGCUGGGGUAGGCAUCGAGGACGAGCUUCUCGCCAACUCGAUACCGAUCCCAGAGGCGGAAAUCUACGGCCCAGCCGCGCUCAAGUACUCAAAGGGCGCACACAAGCUACCGCCACCGAGACAGCCGCGUACAUCGGCUCCCAUGACCGACGAGGCUCGGGCCUCGUCGACUUCGACGAUUGGCACCAAUGUAGAUGCAACGCCGGCCAAUGGCUCCACUGCCACUGCCAAUGCGACUCACACAAAGUCGACAUCGCCUGAGCGUUCCCGGCUCAAGGAUCAGAUCGCCACGUCAGCGAUCCCAUUCAGCACCUCGAGCGGCUCGUCUCGGCCGCUCAGACCAAAGGCCACCAUCACCGGCGGACGCAUCAUCGAGCUCGACCCCGACGCAGGGCCCUCGACGUCGCAGCCUCCUCCUUCCCAGGCCAACGAGAGCAUCCAGUCGUCGAUCAGGUCGGCUGUCGAGACCUACGCUCGUGCCGUCGAGAUGGAGCGCGGCGGCCAGCUCGACGAGGCGCUCGUGUCGUACCGCCGCGCAUUCAAGCUCAACAGCAACGCCGACCGGCUCUACCACCGGGCGCAGCUGCUCAUCUCAGACCCGGACGUGGCGCCCCAGCAAAGCGAUGCGCUCCUCUCGUCUCCAGACGUGGCCGAGAAGGUGAGGCGGGCGCUCGACAUCGACGACCACCGCUUCCUGGCGAUCCAGGAACGCAAGGUGCGCGAGGCGCAGGCAAAGGAGCGCGGCGAGACGUACACGGAAAUCAGCCGGGCCGACGAAACGUCGACGGUACCCGCCAGCUCGGCGGCGGGACCAGGGGCGGGCGCCAAGACCAGCCCACCCGACCAGCUGGCCAAGCUGUUCGGCAAGCUCACGAUCCAGGGCGGCGGCGAGCGAGACUUUUCGCAGAUCGACUUUGUGCCCGAGGACGAGGAGAAGGAGGUGCUCCUGUCGCGCCUGCCAGACGAGAUCCUGCUGCACGUCCUGCGGAUGGUGAUUGCGCCGCGCGGCCGUCGGGGCGCAAAGAUUGCCAAGCCCAAACCGCCGACCACGGACGAGCUGGCGGCGCAGCAGGCUCGGGCCGCCGGGGCUGCGUCCAAGCUUGAUCGACAGGCGGGCAAGUUGACCAACCCGGCUGCAGCCAAUCCGGCAAGCAAGAGCACCGCAUCCGAAGCGGCGUCGGGCCCAGCGGCGGCGACGGCGACGGCGACGGCCUCCGGCGAGGCGACGGAAUCCAGCGUCGACAAGCCGGCGGCGCCAUCGCGGCGGCACUUGGGUAUCGGCAUCGUCUUGGGCGGCGCAGACUGGCAAGCGCUCGAGCUCAUCGGGCGGACUUGCUGGAAGCUGCGGCUGCUGACGCGCUCGCCGACGCUGUGGAAGGAAGUGGUGCGCGAGACGUACUACCCGCCCAUCCUCGACACGGCGGCGGUGCCGCUCGAGGCGCUGUACGCGCAGCACCACCACGACUGGCGCACCGUCUUUGUCAACCAGCCGCGCGUCCGGCUGAAUGGGUGCUACAUUGCCGCAUGCCACUACGCGCGGCCGGGCAUGUCGGAAGAGUCGGUGUGGAUCCGGGUGGUGCACGUCGUCGAAUUCUACCGCUCCAUCCGCUUCCUCCCGGACGGCCGGUGCCUCUCGCUCCUCACCACCGAACCACCCUCGGAGACGGUGCGCAAACUCGAACCGGGCCUCAAGGCCAAGGGUUUCGCCAGGGGACGGUGGGAGCUCUUUCCGGACGGGCUCGACGACGAUGAGUGGGAGGGCCGGCCGCGCGGACCCAAAGUCACGGUCGAGGACCUGCGAGACCCGACGAUGCACAAGUACGCCUUUCGCAUGGUCUUUGCCCUGCGCCAGACGGGACGGGGCAAGUGGAACAAGCUCGAACUGCUCGAAUACUUUUCGGUCAACCUCUCCAACGGCGAGGUGCUCGCGUUGCCGCAAAAGCACUCGAAGCCCUUCCACUUUUCCCGCGUCAUUCCCUAUGGCGUAUGA